UUGGCUAGUGCUGCUCUCCGCCGAGUUGUCGUUAGUUUGCGCUAACCUCACGGAAGUACGAGGACAGAAAAAGAGCUACUGUUGAGGAUAUAACAAAGUCUGAGAACACCACAAGCACCUCUUAGGACGAUAAAUGCUUCCACAUUUUGGACUACUAUGGAACUUGGCUCAAGAUGGCUAUGUAGCGCCUGCGGAGGACAUUUGUUACAGUGAACGAAGAGUUGACAUGACAGAUCCUUCAGUGUCGAUGUGAUACGACGACAAUGCCACAUAAAGUUUGUUCAGGAGACUUUAUGUAGGCCUAUGAACUUAAGCUUCUAAUUCGCACAGUGUUGAAACAAGGACAAUUGUUUUGAAACAUUCUGUAGGCCUGUUCCCUGUAACCAAUGGAUCGGUAUUUUAACAUCGUUUCCAUGUGGUUACAACUGGAACUUUGCGCGAUGGCUGUUCUCCUGACGAAAGGGGAAAUAAGAUGCUACUGUGAUGCCCCACACUGUGUGGCAACUGGCUACAUGUGCAAGUCAGAAGUAAACGCUUGCUUUACGCGGAGUAUAGACCCGAGCAGUCCACGCUCCCUGCUCUCUCAUGGCUGCUAUGAUCCCCUGCUGAACUCUGACGAUGUGUGUACCUCAGACGUGGCCUUUGACACUGCUGCUGCCCAGGGCUCCUCCACACUGGAGUGCUGUCAGGAAGACAUGUGCAAUUAUCGGGGCCUUCAAGACUUGGCCUACGGAAGAAGAGAACCUUUAGACCGGCGGGACCGUCACCACCACCAGCAGACAUCAGACAGCGGAGGAGGCCGUCACGUCGUGGCGCGCGUCCAGGAGGUCCCCUCCAGCCGAGAGGUGUGGUUCCGGGCGGCGGUGAUCGCCGUGCCCAUCGCCGGCGGCCUCAUCCUGGUGCUGCUGAUCGUGCUGGCCCUGCGCAUGCUGCGCAGCGAGAGCCGGCGACUGAGGCAGCAGCGGCGGGAGAUGCUCUCGCGGCUGCACUACAGCUUCCACGGACACCAGCUGAAAAAGGGCCACCACAUGGCCAAGCUGGACCUGGAGUGCAUGGUGCCCGUCACGGGACACGAGAACUGCUGCCUCACCUGUGACAAGAUGAGGCAGUCGUCAGAGCUGGCAGGUGAACGGCUGCUAUCACUGGUGCACUGGGGGAGGUAUGGAGGCCGUGGCAAGAUGGAGUUUGUGUGACUGAGCUUUGUUUUUGUAAGAUGAACAUUUCGAGAAGACGCUUUUGCACACCUAGUUGGGCAGGUGUGUAGGAUAUUAUCCCAGUGGGGUUGUUAUUGAAGUGUAACGAAAUCCCGCUCACUGUCCAUUCCACCAACAAACUUUAUUACAACUUUAAAACUUGUAUUAAAGUUUGUUGGUGGAAUGGACAGUGUGCAGGAUUUUUUUUGUAAGAUAAACAAACCCAUGGCUGGACUGAGGUGGACCCUGUCUUUUUCUGCAGCUGUCUAUAUUUGGUUGUCUGGAAAAAAAAGAUACUGGAAAAAAAGACAACAGAACAGAACUCAACUUCUGAGCAUUUUAACCAUAAUGGUUAAGGCUUUCUUAGAGGCACUUUAUACUUGAAAACACAAGCUGGAUCAACAGUGGAGGAGCCUACGGUGUGGCUCAAGCUCAACUGGACAUUUGCUGAAUCGUCCUCUGUAAUCACUGAAGGACUCCAAAAUUACAGUUGUAAAAAUUGCACUUUUGUUUUAAAAACUGUUGUUUCGCUUUAAGGAAAUGACUACGUAGACACUGACUGGCUUUACACAAAACAAGAACACUCGAGUUCAAUCGCAGAAGAAUUGAGUUGCCUCUAUGUGUUCAUCUUCUCCUGUGUAAAAACAUGUCAGUUGAUUUCUGUGUAAAGAUGUCAGAAUGUGUGUAUAUGUGUGUGUAUAUAUAUACAUAUAUGAUAUGUUUCAGAAGAGUC